AGAGACAAGUGACAGGCUAGUCGAGCAGUAUUUCCUGCUGUCUUUGUCCAGUGCCAUUUCUGCAGCAAUGAAGAAGGCAGUCAAUCACUGUGGCCCAUUAUUGGAGACCAUUCUUCUUGUGCUCUUGGGGCUUGUUCUCAUUGCAGGACCAACCAGCGGGACUCAACAAGUCACCUUCUCUUUUAAGGAGAACACCGGACCAGAUUAUUCUGUUGGAAGAGUCACUGAAGAACAGGGAACAAACUUUAGGUUUUCCGGAGGCUCAACUUUUUGCUCUCAAAAUUUCAGCAUUGUCUCUGGAACUGGAGAAAUACUGACCAGUACAAACAUAGACAGAGAAUUCUUAAUUCAAGAGAUUGAUGAUGACACCCUCUCCUGCUCAGUCACCUACAGCAGAGAUGGACAAGACACUGCUGUACAAGUUAAAUUUCAUGUCUUGGAUGUGAAUGAUUUCACUCCAUACUUCUCUGGAAUGACCCGUCCAGUUGAUACUCGUAAAGUGUAUGAGAACGUUCAAGUGGGCCAGGUCAUUGCUUACUUGAUGCCAUUUGAUCUUGAUGCAGGUCCUAAUGGAACUGUUAAUUUCACUAUUUUACAUGGGAAUGAGGGACAAUACUUCAACGUAUCCCUACCAGCAGGACAGACAGAUACUCAGGACAGAUUAAUAAUACUUAAUCAAAAACUCGACUACACAACUCACCCACAGUAUAAUCUCACCCUCUCCCUCUCUGAUGGUGGCUCUCCUCCACUUACCUCAACACAGUAUCUUGUUAUUAAUAUUAUUGAUGUGAAUGAUCAGGCCCCUGCCUUCUCCGAGGAGAAACUAUCCUUUAACGUUUCUGAAGAUCAUCCUGUUGGUAGCUCUUAUCCGUUUGCUGUGAUUGGUGCCACUGAUGAUGAUUCACCCACACAUUCUCAAAUAUUCUACCAGUUAGAUCUGGAUGGAUCUACUGAUGCUUAUGCUAUUGCUGACCUUUUAGCCGUCAAUACAACUUCUGGUGAACUUUACCUAAUAAACAAACUCGAGUAUGAUGGGAACCCUAAGCACUCGUACAAGUUUCAAGUAGAGGCUCGUAAUCCCGGGACUGCUAUUGGUACCAAAGCUAUUGUAACGUUGAAUGUAACUGACGCCAAUGAUGAAGUACCAAUACUAAACUGUUUACCGGAAGAGAUCAAUGUUUAUGAGAAUUCAAGCACUUUCUUCAUUUUCUGUAGCUUUGAAGACAGUGAUGAAGCACCUCAGGACAAGGCACUGGGUAAAGUUAACAUCAGCUCUUGGCCAAUAGAACUGGAUCAUAAGAUGACUGUUACUCAUUUAUCACCUAAUUCACCAUACUUUAUACAUAUAGCGUUCAAUGAUACUUUUGAUCGUGAAGAAACUCCAAACAUUAGCAUCAACAUAACUGCAUCAGACAGUGGGGUCAUACCUCUCUCUUCUUCUCAAGUCAUUAAUGUCACUGUCCUUGAUAUUAAUGACAACCCACCCCAGUUCACUACUACUGGGAUCAGCUCUAAGAUAAGCAUAUCAUCACAGCCUCCACUAGCAAUAGCAUCAGUUCAUGCUACUGAUCCUGAUGAAGGCAGUAACAGUGUACUGAGAUACAGCCUGACCAGUAUAGAACCAGCCACUGCUGCUGACUGGUUUAUUAUUAAUAAUGAUACUGGAUUGAUAUCACUAGUAGAGUCACCUACUGAGGGAAUCGCUGAUGUAUAUAUAACAGUUAGAUGCAGUGAUAGAGGCUACCCUGUACCACUGCACAACUCCACUGUAGUUCAUGUACAUAUAACCCAACCAGUCACAUAUAGACCAAUCUCAUACCAGCAGUACAACAACAUCAACCUAGCAUCUUCCAAUGUAGUCUACAUUGAAUUUCAUACCAUGAGCUCCAAUGGACUGUUACUGUACCAGUCCCACUCUAUAGUGAAGAACAUUCUAUGGAUCAGUAAUGACACUGUUUUUUAUAAUGAUGGACUCAUUAGGAGCAGUGGAUCCAUAGGGAAGGGUAGGUGGUAUUCUCUUCUACUUAACAAAACUGAGGGUACACUGUUAGUAUGGGAGAAAGGUAGUGACUCACCUCACUCAGUGACAGCUAGUGCAAUACUGGAGACAUCAAGAGUGAGAGAUUGUUCAGCUCAGCGUUCCACUCCUAAUUCUCAUUCACUGUUCGUCGGUGGAGUACCUGAUGCUUUUAACGUGCUGCCCUCUCUACUGACCAGCUCUGAUUUCAUUGGUUCAAUAUCCGCUGUUGUCAUUGGCAACCAACACCUUGACCUAUCCUGCCCCUAUUCCAGCAGGAGUACAGUCCAGGGGCAUCACUACAACACACAGUGCAUGGACACUGAUCUUUGCUCUGAUCGGUCCGACUGUGUACCAUACACUCCGACUGGAUCCAGCCCUUGCUAUUGUACCAAUGGACUACCGACUGAAACCUGUGAUACUGACCAAGACUAUGGUCCCAUUGCUAUUACUAAUGAAAGUUACAUUCAGUUCGAUUUGGACUACAACUUCUUCUAUACUCAUUCAAAGUUCCUCUCAGAGCAGAAUCAACAACAGUCCCAGUCAAUAUCAGUUUCAUUCAUUCAUGACAUGACACAACUCUCAGGAGUAAUACUCUACUCUAGAACCAAUGAUGGAUUCAUUCAAAGAUUAGAGAUUAAUAAGACCAUCAGGUAUACUGUUACUCAGCAUCAGAUGCCAAAGCUUUCUCUCAUAACUGAAGAAUUUUCAUUUAGAAAAGGAAUAGAAUAUACUCUGGAGCUGAUCCUCUCCCUAAGAGCUGAUGAUAUGAGAAUUAAAGUAACAGAAAAAGACUCAAACAGUCCAGGACAAUAUUUAGAAGUAACAACUAAGAACUUUAGCCAUCAAAGUGAGUUCUAUGCAUUCGCUAAAGAGCCAGGAACUGUCAUCAGUCUAGGGGGACUGAGUCCUUCAAAAGGAGGAGUCUAUCAGAGACACUAUACUGGGUGCAUCACUGAGUUCAAGAUAGACAGUGAGCCCCUACCACUAGUCGGGAUAAUGACCAGCAACAGCUUAAACUACACCAGUAAAGAAGGACUCCAGCCUUACUGUCACUCUUGCUACAUGCACAAUACCUGUACAGCCCACAGUUCAUGUAUACCUCAGGACCGGACCAACUACCAGUGCCACUGUGACAAUGGCUACACUAUGAUCAAUAAUACCUGUGUUCAAGUAUCGUCCACUGUAUCUAUUCCAUCGUCCAGUGAACUGGCUACCAUUAGACCCAGUAAUAUACCAUGGACCGGUGGAGUGGAGAAUCCAACGGAGAGUGGUGGGUUCAAACUCUACUACAUCAUAUCAAUAUCGGGAGGACUAGUGCUCCUGGUUGCUGUGCUGCUAGUGGUCCUAGCCGUUCUCUUCAGAUGUGUGUACAAGAGGGGAAGGAAGGAGAGAGAGGUAGAGGGACAGACACAACCCAGUCCCCACGGUAACGGGUGUUACACUGAGACCACACCCACUGAUAAAGGUAACAGUGUCCAACUGAAGAGAGGAAACAACUAUGUCAAGACGAGCAUACUAAAGAACCAUGGCCAAUCAUCAACUGAUGAUAUUGACUCGUCCAGUGAUAUGAUACCUUAUACUUUUGGCUGUCGUAAGUCCACCAGUCAAGAGACAGGGUUCCAUACUGCCAGUGAGCCGGAGGGUCCCAGCAGCCGCUCCUCCCCCAGGAGAGAGUCAAUGAUGUCCAAAGAGAGUGAGAGGUACUCCAGUGACUUCACUUCACUGGAGACAGACUCUGAGGACCUUACCACGUCAGGUAUUGAUGAGAUAAUGAGCCCCAAUGAGGUACGACUGGUCAGUUCAGGGAGUAUGAUGGGGGUACCCUCUUCAUUUCGGCUGCAGCAUCCACUGACUCCAACUGAGAAGACCCUCCUGAAACCUUUACAACCAAGCUCCUCCCUCACACUCAGUGAGGAUGAGACUGAUACUGAGGUAUCUACCAGCAGCCCCAGGAGGAGGGACCCACCCACUGGACGAUACUAUGAGGGGCGGGGCUACUUUGAUAACGACUCACUGGCGUCCAAUCAGAACAGCCCAAAGUGGUACAAAACCAGCUCCCCCUCUACUAUCAUCGACAGUGAUUCUGAAUCGAUCAAUAACGGGCUAUUGAGUGGGUCCUUGACCAGACUAAGCUCCUUUCCUAAAGGUGGGCGGGGCAAUAGACACAAGAGCCACCGCCCACCUAACCUAUUGCCUCAUGUACGCCCACACAAAGGGACUUCCCCCCAUCACUCUCCCUUUGUGUCCUCUCCUGGCUACAGCUCCUCUCCUCUGGUUAAGAGCCACAGACUGGCCUUUGACUAUCCUUCAAUGGCUACAUCAGCAAUAACUCCAGCCCCUCCCACCUAUCACCCACCCCACCCACCUCACGGACUGUACUAUGAUCACACUGAGGCCAGACUGCCCUCUAUAGCCGAGUCCGUCCAGUACCAGCCCCGUCCCUACCACCCCCGCCCUCAUGAGCACAUUGACCCGUACUACACUGGGUACCAGGGAGUGGCCCUCACCCCAGGGGGAGGGGCUCCUACUGCUUACUGUGACCUCAACUCAUUCUCAAAGGUCAAUCCCAUUACCUACUGGGAGGGGCAGCAGAGGCUUCAUCCAAUAGUUGAUCAGGACGACCCCCUCAGGUUCCUCAGGGAGCCUUGUCGUAAGUUUGAGGACGUGAGUACGACUCCGAGUGUGGCUGAGAGUGGAUUCACUGAGAGUGUGGUCGCUGAUAGAGACUCCACUGUAUCUGAACCUCAGGGAAGGAACCGGCCAGUUACCUCAAGAGGAGUUCAUAAUGACUAUGUUGUGAUGCCAAGGACACUGCCCCCACACCCGACCAAUGAGGAGGAGGCUGGUUACCAUGACAACAAUCAGAGGUCCUACAUGGAGGAGAGGAGAGGUUACCAUAGCAACGAUGAUCAAGUUAAUUACCGUGACAACGUACACAUUGUUGACAGAAGAGGUUACCAUAGCGAUGACGCUGGGUUAAACGGUUACCAUGGUAACAUGAAUGGAGCCAGAGAAGAGGAAAUCACUCACUUCCCAUCGGCUGAUUGCACCAGUACCCUAGCAACCAAUACCCUAGCAACCAGCGUACCUCCAGUGGCCCUGUCUAAUGGCGGCAGCGAGAGACAGUAUCAAUAAACUAUUCUUGAACUACCCACCCACACACACAAUGUCACUAAUUAUUCUCAUCAUUAUCCAUUGUUAUUAUUAUCCACUGUAUUCCUCCUGUCAUUUGUUUAUUGUAUUAUUGUGUUCAUUGCAACUGCUUACUUACUCUUGACAACAAUGUCACCUUGCAUUAUUGAUUCUUUUUAAACUGAUUAUAAUCAUGUCUUUCUUUAAACAUUAAAUUAAUAUCAUCAUAA